AUAAUUUAUGGACGCAUGGUUUUAAACAGCUUAAACAGUGCAUUUACGAUUAUUUUCAAAAUAUCGAAAAUUGGACGUCAUAUGAUAUUAAAAAUAAGACCAUCUUGAUCGAAGUAUUUGAUUUUGCUUAUUUGGAUAAUGAUAGAGUGAUCAUCUGUGCAUCUCCAAAUUAUUAUAAUCAAGCAGCCUUUUCAGAUGUAUGUAUUGAAAUGGACGAAUUAAAACAAGAUGAUUAUUUAACGGAUAAUGG